AAUACCUGGGAGUGCCUGCAGGGGGCGCCUCCUUUCUUCUUCUAUGGUUUUAUGUUUAUGUUUUAGCGGCUACUUUGAAUCAGAUCUAGGCUAGAUUCACCAGAUGGUCCCACAGCUACUGGGCUACAGGGCCACAGGGCCACAGCUACUGGGCUACAGGGCCACAGGGCCACAGCUACUGGGCUACAGGGCCACAGCUACUGGGCCACAGGGCCACAGCUACUGGGCCACAGGGCCACAGCUACUGGGCCACAGGGCCACAGGGCCACAGCUACUGGGCUACAGGGCCACAGGGCCACAGCUACUGGGCUACAGGGCCACUGGGCCACAGCUACUGGGCUACAGGGCCACUGGGCCACAGCUACUGGGCUACAGGGCCACAGGGCCACAGCUACUGGGCUACAGGGCCACAGGGCCACAGCUACUGGGCUACAGGGCCACAGCUACUGGGCCACAGGGCCACAGCUACUGGGCCACAGGGCCACAGGGCCACAGCUACUGGGCUACAGGGCCACAGGGCCACAGCUACUGGGCCACAGGGCCACUGGGCCACAGGGCCACCGGGCCACAGGGCCACAGCUACUGGGCCACAGGGCCACAGGGCCACAGGGCCACAGCUACUGGGCUACAGGGCAACAGGGCCACAGGGCCACAGCUACUGGGCCACUGCCUCCGUCCCACUGGUCCCACUGGUCCCACUGGUCCCACUGGUCCGGGAUGAGUGGGGCAUCUUCAGUGCACAGCUUUGAGGUCAGUUUAAUUCAGACGUUUUGCAGAAUAAACCUGAUUAAACUCCUGAUGGUUCAGGACAGAUUUAUUUCUGAGAUUCAGGCUCGGUUCGACUUGAGGACAGACGAAGGCUCAUCUGAGCUGAAUCGUUCUGUCUGAUAUGUGAUGACAGCAGAAUUGAUCCAACCCUGAAGGUCUCAGGUCUUCUCUGUGAUCCAUUAGUCUGGUCUGGUUCAACAGUUCUCCAGACUUCCUGAAGUUUCCUCUGAAAAGCUGCUGUUUUACUUCCUGUCCCUGUUUGGCCCUUUUUCCAGCUUUAUUAUUGUAAGUACUGUGGAGGUUCUGGUUCUGGCUCGGUUCUGUUAGCCGUCUGAUCUCCUGGAUCAGAUAAUGAAGAUGAUGAUCCAGGAGAUCAUCGUCUGAGGCAACGGGAACGUCUGCAGCAGCAGAUCUGUCUACUGGCCAUCACACGGCCGUCAGUUAGGAAAAGCAUUAAAUUUAUGCUUCUAGUUAAAAGGUGAAUGCAGAAACAAUAAAAACAUGUCGGCCAAAUGAAACAUAUUAAUCUGAGUGAAACUUGAUCCAUGUUUGGCUGAUUAAUCCUUCAUCUGCUGGCCUGGAGUUUUCACUCUAGAUAUUUGACUUCACAGAAGCUGAAUGAUUUGGCCUUUAAUGCACUUCUGCAGCAGAUCCAGCAGGAAUGUUGGUGUUUUACACACAGUCUGGUUCCAACUAAAACCUGUUUAUAUAUCUGUACAGCUUAAGUUCUGUCAUAUCCACUUAAAUAUCAGCCGUUUUAAUGAAGAGAAUAAAAUCAGCUUCUAAAAGCUCCUAGAUCUUAGAUUCUGUUUCUGUUUAGUUUUGUUUUUAGAUCGGUGCUUCAUGAGCUUCCCUACAGACAAGCAGAAUCAGUUUUCAUUCUCACAGUUUCAGCAUUUUCAUUUCUUUUUACUGAGCUAAAAGAGCUGCUUCAUUUCAGUUUAGUGAGAAGAAAACUGCUGGUGCUUCUUCACAUCACAGCUUGGAAAUGUACAAAUGUUAAUCUGAAUGUUUUUACGCUUGUAUAAGAAACUGUACAAACCUGUAGAUUUAUUUGAUAGAGAGACGGAUGGACUGUUUUUCAGAGAGGAAAGUAGAUUUUUUCCUGAAAAUGCAGCAGUAAAAUGUAUUCAACACUUUGUUCCACACGCUGGUUUUGAUCUGUUUCCUCUCCGGUCGGUAGUUUAGACGUCCAGCUCUAGAUGUUCCUCAUUAACCCGUCGAAGCUUCGCUGUUCAUUUAGUUUCAGGCUGAAGGUUUUUGUUUUUCAGAGAUUCUUCCAUUGAAUAAAAAUGUUGAAACAUGA